UGUCCUGUGGCUUUCAUCCAGAGCUGGAUGUUUUUGGAAUCCGGAAAUGAUGAAAAAAUGUUUCGGAGAGAAAAGAAAAAAGACCCAAACUCCUGUGAGUAAAAGAACAAACGUGAGUGAUAUUACCAAUCUAACACGAUCAGAUUUACUUUUCAGAGUCUGGGAAAGCAAGGAACAGAAAAAAGGAUAGCAACAAAUUCAAUUGUAUUGGUGCGGUAACUGAAGAAGGAAAUAAAUGGGGAAAAGACAAGGUUGAACUUUUAGGAGUUGACAUGUUUGAAAGAGUUGGGGGGUGAUUUUCUUGAGAGGUUUACGUUUUUUCUCAAGAAGAAAACUGGCCGAUGUCCCAGGAGAGAGAACUGUUUCAUCCUCUUCGGCCUGCCGGGCCAGAGACGGAACCUUCACAAGAGGAAAAAAAACAUCUGCUCCCAGGCACUCGGGAUGUACAUGACAAUUCAAGCAAACCAUCAGACCAAAAAGAGGUGCUCUCGCUGGCUUACAGGAGCAAACAAGAACAGAUGAAUGAGGGGAAUUCCACAAAUGGUGACCUCAUUACAACCCAACCUCAAGCCCUGCCUCAGCCAAUUGCUUCAGCACUGGAACAGAACAAGGAAAAAACUGGCAAGCUGCAAAAUGGCCACGCAGGUCUGAGUAAUGGAAAUGGAAUUCACAACGGGGUCACAUAUGCAAGUGCAGACCACAGAAAACUCUCGGCUCCUGUUUCCCAGAAAAUGCACAGAAAACUACAGUCCAGCCUGUCUGUGAGCAGCGAUAGCAGCAGAAAGAGCAAAGUCAGCUCUAUAAACUCUCAAAAGCUUGGAUCAUCCCCAGAAGACUGCUGUGUGCACUGCAUCCUGGCCUGCCUGUUCUGUGAGUUCCUUGCCCUCUGUAACAUUGUAGUGGCGCAAGCUUCAUGUGGCACCUGUACGUCUGAGGCCUGCUGUUGCUGCUGUGGGGAUGAGUUGGGGGAUGACUGUAACUGCCCCUGCGACAUGGACUGUGGCAUAAUGGACGCCUGUUGUGAGUCCUCAGACUGCUUGGAAAUCUGUAUGGAGUGCUGUGGCAUUUGCUUCCCUACAUGAACAUCUUGUUGUAAUAUACUAUGUUAGGUGGUGGAGAGAUUUGGUUGGAUUUUAACUGAGGUUUCUAUAUUUAACCAAUAUACGCAGAUAAAACACCCCGAAAACAAAAAAACCCAUAAACUUAAAGACUUAAAGAACACCUGAAAGGUUUUUGUGUUCAACAGUGAACUUCCAGACUGUUCUAAGCAUACAUGAGAGUAGUAGUCCGCUCUCUUCUCUGUGUGUGUGAGGGAACUGAUACAGGCAGAGCCUGUGUGUGUGUGGAAUAGAGCGAGCGAGAAAGUGAGCGAGUUUUUAGGACGGUUUGAAGGAUUUAUUGUUUUUGUGUUGUGGUCCUGACCCAAACACGGACCCUGUUUAAUUAAUAAAGUAGUUUUGUUAGCGCCUGAAUCCCAUCUCCGUCUCCUGCUUUGAGCCUCAAGACCAGGGGUCGUUACAAUAUUUUAAGUGGUUGACCGUUUAUAACUUUUCCUAAAUAAAUACCCUGACGGCGUUUGAAAGGCAGGAUCACGAAAAUAAGGAAGUUAUAAGCCUGCCCACCUAGCAAUAAAGCCGAAAUUUUGACUGACUUUAAUACAUGUUUUUGUUUUGAAUAUAACCUACGAUAUGACAGAGAUCGAGAGAGAGAGAUCUAUAUACACAAUCCUGUUAUCUCUACUGGACCUGGCAGCCAUCAAUUCCUUCAUUUUGUACAAGGAAUGCACCAGGGAAAAUAUCAGUAGUAGAGAUUUCAUCUUGAAGCUAGUCACAGCACUUCAGCAGAAACAUUUCCAACAGAAAAAUGCAAAGCUGCAACCUGGAUUCUGUGCAGCACUAAUUUCUUUUAAAAUGUUUCUUUUAUUAUUUUCAUUUUUUGAAGCGGUGCUUUAUAUGUGGUAACCCUUUUAUGUUUAAUUGUUCAUUUAAAUACGCCGUUUCGGCUGUAUUUCAUAUGAUGUGCUUGAAUAAAACUUUUGAGUUGUAUCGGAUAGUUGUCUUUUCAUUUUAAUAUUGAUGUUUAAAAUGUACCGUCAUAAUGACUGCUGGCGGCGGUUUUGAGUAUUACCGCGGCGGUUCUAGUGUUAACGUGGUAAUUUUUGUGGCGCAUUUGUAGAAUAAUAGUCUGGCAUUAGGUUUGAGUACUCGAAAUUUUUAAUGCUUGAGUACUCAAGCACUAAAUUACUCAAAAUUACCACCCCUAAUAUAAACCUGGAAUAACGGAAGUCUUUAUUAUUACAAAGACUUGUUGGAGAGAUUUUUUUCUAUAAAAAGUGUUCAAACUUUUGAGUCUGUAGAUAGCCAAUUUUU